GAAACCUCCACCCCGUUGGAUCGAUUUCAGAAACGGGCGAUCCACCACAUGCUGACGAAUCGCCUGGCGAUCAUCCAAGGCGCCCCCGGAACCGGGAAAUCCUUCACGUGCCGGCGCAUAAUCCGCAUUCUGCAUUCGUUGCAAGGGGUCGAGAACUGCAACACCAACCCGGGCAGGUGGCGGUUCGUGCCGACGCAGGACCGGCUUGAAGCUGGUGUUGGUGAGGACCUCGGGAAUAUUAAAAUACAGACGACAAAAGAAGAGCAAGGUUCCCUUUCGAAGAUAUCCGACCUUCAGAGCUGCCAGCAACUCCGUUUUCUAGUUGUCACCUACAAAAAUCUGGCACUGGACGAAACGCUGAGCGGAUUGCUUUCCACCUUCCCGGAUAACCUGGUCCGCAUCGGGAACUCCAGCAGCCCGGCGGAGACGCCGGAGCUGUCCGCGCGGCGGCUGUUUAACCUGAAGAAGCAGAAGAAGUAUGGACUGAGCUGGAAGAUGCGGAAGGAGUACAAGCAGCUUUUGUUGAGGGCGAGAAAGCUGCAGCUCCGUUUGGAGGACGAAAUCCGCCGGUUUCAGGUCGUGCGGUUCUUCUCCCCGACGAUGUUCUUGCUGCAGUGCACCUACGAGCAACUGUGCAACCUGCUAUUGUUGAAAUGGGAAGAGCAACGCCCGUUCAUGGUCGAGGCAGUGAAAAGCCGAACCGCUUUGCUCGGUAUGCUUGGUCACGUGUCAGACUUCCUCGCGAAAAGAGAACAGUUGGGCGCAGCCGCGGGAGCAGUUGCGGGGCAGGCAGUAGAUGAACAAGUAUCUAGAGCAAGUAGCUCUUCUUUGCCUUUCUCUUAUACCCCACCCCCGCGUCGGCUGGUUGCGGAAUUCUUCGCGAACCCGGGGCGGCUGCCACUCGACUACCAGGAGACGUGUGCGGUUCUAGGCAACCUAACGACCGAGGCUCUCAACGAGUGGGCCCCAGACGUCGAGGAAUUUCGAAAUUUUUCGAGAAGCCUGCGCGAGGCGAAGAUCGAUCUGUACAGCACCAGUGAGGAGAUUAUUGACUGGAAGGAUGGCAGAAUCCAGGACUCGCUGCGCGACCAAACCGAGGACCAAGCAGCCGCAGAGCGGCUGGGAGAGAAGGAGGCGUUCCUGAAAUCCCUCGCGGUGCAGGAGAACGAGGAGGUGUUGGACUACAAGGAAAGGCUGCGAGAGGAAACAGAAAAUUUGUACGGGC